UUGUCUGAGGAAAGAUCUCGCAAGAAACAUAUAAAUAAUUAAGUAAAAUAAAUAAAUAAGUAGCAUCAUCUUGUUUUCAUUAUGCCUAAAAUCAUUAUUCUUUGUUGCCUCAUCCGCAUGCCCCCAUCGAUCUCCGGCCUUCGCAAAUCUCUUCUUCUUUCCACCUAUAUAUACCCACUUCCCUGUUUCAGUUUUGGCACCUCCACUUCCCCUCUCUCUCUCUCUCUCACACACUCAUUUUCUUUCCAAAUUUGAAGAAAACAAAACAAGCAAAUUAAGGAACCCUGCAGUAUCUAGCUAGCUAAAUAAUCUUUCUUUUCUUUUUUAGUUUCCCCGGCCUGUCGAUCUUGGCUAUAGCUAAUAGGCCGGCUUUUUGUAAGUUUCAUUGAUCAGAUCGAAAAAUUAAGGUUGGUUUGGUUUGAAGUGAUGGCUGCUUCUGGGUUUGAGGGGUUUGAGAAGAGGCUUGAGCUACAAUUCUCCGGCGAUGAUCCGGUGGCGGAAAUGGGCGGCCUCCGGCAGCUGGAGUUCGAGGUACUGGAGGAAGUAUUGCAUGAGGUGCAGUGCACGGUGGUGGCAGCAGUGGGCAACACAUACUUUGACUCGUACGUUUUGUCUGAAUCCAGCCUCUUUGUGUACCCCACAAAGAUCAUCAUCAAGACAUGUGGGACCACCCAGCUAUUGAAAUCCGUCCGUCCGUUGGUCCACCUUGCAUCCCGAUUGGGCCUCUCCGCAACCCAUUGUAGGUACACCCGUGGCAACUUCAUUUUCCCUAAAGCCCAACCUUACCCUCACACCAGUUUCAAGGAAGAGGUUUUGUACUUGGAACAACAAUUGCCCACCCAUCUUUGUUACACCAAAGCCUCCCUCAUGCACUCUAAGCUCACCUCUCAUUCUUGGCAUGUCUUCACCGCCUCCAAUAAUCCAAGGAAUAUUGGCAUAAAUAAUAAUAAUGUCCCUUACACCAUUGAAGUUUGCAUGACCGAGCUCGACCGCCUCCUCGCUCGCAACUUCUUCACGUCCGGCAAGCCCACCGUCGGGAGAGACAUGACGGACCUCACCGGAAUCCGGGAGAUAAACCCUAAUGCCACAAUUUGCGAUUUCGCGUUUGAUCCCUGCGGCUACUCGAUGAAUGGCGUGGACGGCGAGCGUUACUCGACCAUCCACGUGACCCCGGAGGAGGGGUUCAGCUACGCGAGCUUCGAGUGCGUGGGUGACGAUGAUCGCGAUGACAUUGCCAAGGUGUUGAGGAAGGUGGUGGAGAUUUUCCGGCCGGGGACGAUGUCCGUGUCGAUCACGUCCGCCACCCACGAGGCGUGGACCGCCGUAGCCAAGGCCGUGGAGGGGAUGGGAAUGAGACGCCGGAGUUGCACCGUGGAUGAGUUCCCGGCCGCCGGGACCGUAAUGUUCCAAGCCUUCACCCUUUCAAAGACGGGAACGAUGAGGGUGCAGGAGACUUAGGGGUAUUAAUUAUUUAUUUGCUUUAAUUAUUAGAGAUUAGUUGAAAUUUAAAAAAGAUUUUUUAAUUAGGAGAAUAUUUUGGUGCAUGGUAAUGUGAUUGCAUCGAGGUUGGAUGAUGAUGAUGAUGAUGAAUGUGGGCAUUGACUUGUGUAGAAAGGUUAAAGUGGGGGAAGAUCAUUUAGAGAUGGUUGGAGUACUCUUGGAAGGUGAUUGGUAUUGUUUCAUCAUGAUAAUGCACCCCACUUAUGUUUGUCACGCCUAGAAUUUUGAUUUUUGUAGUGGGGGGCCGUGGUUAUGUCUCUGAUUUAAAAAGUGCCUCAACUUUAUACCAUCUCAGUUUUGAUUUUGUCUU